UGAACAUCAAGUGGUUAUAAACUUAAAUUCAUGUUUACAACUCUUCAAUAAGCAAAUAAAGCAAUUGAACAAAGAAGCCAUUUUCUGAAUUCUGUCAUCACUAAAAAAUGUCCAACAAUAACCAUAAUCACACAUUUCCAACUUCAGCUACUUUGUUGAUUUUCUUGUUGCUAAAUCUAUGUCAAGAGAUUUCAUGUUUAACACAAUAUGAAGCCUUGUUAAAGUGGAAACAAAGUCUCCCUCAACAACCAAUUCUUGAUUCAUGGAUCAUUAACAACUCAAGUUCAACGCAAACACCAUGUUCAUGGAGAGGUAUCACUUGUGAUUCAAAAGGAGAUGUGACAAUUCUAAACAUGUCAUAUACUGGACUUCAAGGUAAUCUUAAUCACUUGAACUUAUCAGUUUUUCCAAACCUUCUUCGUCUUGAUCUUAAAACAAACAAUCUCACCGGUGUCAUACCUGAAAACAUCGGCGUUCUUUCAAAACUCCAAUUUCUUGAUCUUUCUACUAAUAAUUUCACCGGAACUUUGCCUCUUUCUAUUUCCAAUUUGACACAAGUUUACGAGCUUGAUGUUUCAAGAAACGAUGUGUCUGGUAUAUUAGACCGUCGUUUGUUUCCUGAUAAGCCCAGUUCUAAAUCUGGGCUUAUCAGCAUUAGGAAUCUUCUUUUCCAAGAUACCCUCUUGGGUGGUCCGUUACCGAACGAAAUAGGGAACAUAAAAAACUUGACUUUACUAGCACUCGACGCAAACAAUUUCUCCGGGCCUAUUCCUUCAUCUUUAGGAAACUGUGAACAUUUAAGCAUUCUUAGAUUGAAUGAAAACUAUUUCUCUGGACCAAUUCCACCAAGUCUUGGCAAACUGACCAAUCUAACCGAUCUUCGGUUUUUCACCAAUGAAUUAAAUGGCACCGUGCCACAAGAAUUCGGAAACCUUUCUUCUUUGGUUGUUUUACAUCUUGCUGAAAACAACUUCAUUGGUGAGUUACCACCAGAAGUUUGUAAAAGUGGCAAGCUUGUGAAUUUCAGUGCAGCCUAUAACAGUUUCACAGGUCCAAUUCCAAGAAGCCUUAGAAAUUGUCCUUCUUUGUAUAGAGUUAGAAUUGAAUACAAUGAGCUAACUGGUUAUGCAGAUCAAGAUUUCGGAGUUUAUCCGAAUCUUAAUUACUUGGAUUUCAGCUAUAAUAAGGUGGAAGGUGAUUUAUCUUCUAAGUGGGGGUCUUGCAAGAACUUACAAUCACUCAAUAUGGCUGGUAAUUCGGUGAAUGGUAACAUUCCAACUGAGAUUUUUGAAUUGAAGCAGUUACAAGAGCUUGAUCUAUCAUUUAACCAAUUAUCAGGAACUAUUCCUUCUCAAAUUGGAAACUCUUCGAAUUUGUAUACUUUAAGUUUGGGUGGAAAUAGGCUUUCUGGUAAGAUUCCAAUCGAAAUUGGAAAGCUUUCUAAUUUGCAACAUUUAGACCUUUCGAUGAACAUGUUGUUGGGAGAAAUUCCAUCUCAGAUAGGAGAUUGUUCCAAAUUGUUGAAUUUAAAUUUGAGUAACAAUCAUUUGAAUGGAACGAUUCCGUUCCAAAUAGGACAACUUGCAUCUUUACAAGACUUUUUGGACUUGAGUUACAAUUCGAUUUCAGGGGAAAUUCCUUCGAAUCUUGGCUUGCUUUCGAAUUUGAUAAGCUUGAAUAUCUCAAACAAUAAUUUAUCAGGUUCUAUUCCUGAUGGAAUUAGUGACAUGUUGAGUUUAUCAAGUCUUAACCUCUCUUACAAUAAUUUAGAGGGUAGUGUUCCUAAAGGUGGCAAUGGCAUAUUCAAAGUCAAUUCCUCUCAUGUUAUUGAUUUGAGCAACAACCAAGGACUAUGUGGUGAAUUCCAAGGUUUGAAACCUUGUAAUGUCUCACUCAUUCAACCUGGUGAUGGGAGUAACAAAAAAAAGGUUUGGAUUCCAAUUGUUGCUUCUUUAGGAGGUGCACUUUUUCUAUCAUUGGUGUUUGUUGGUAUAUUUUUCUUGUGCUACAAGAAAAGUUCAAGAACUUCAAGAAUAAAAAAGCCUUCCUUUAACAUACCAAAUCCAUUCUCAAUUUGGUACUUCAACGGAAGAGUUGUAUACGGCGACAUAAUUGAAGCUACCAACAAUUUCGACGAUAGGUAUUGUAUCGGAGAAGGAGCAUUCGGGAAUGUUUACAAAGCCGAACUAAAAGGAGGUCAAAUAUUCGCAGUGAAAAAGUUAAAAUGCGAUGAAGAGAAUUUAGACACUGAAAGUAUAAAAACAUUUGAAAAUGAGGUUGAAGCUAUGACAGAAACAAGGCAUAGAAACAUUGUAAAGCUUUAUGGAUUUUGUUGUGAAGGGAUGCAUACAUUUCUUGUUUAUGAGUAUAUGGAUAAAGGGAGUUUGGCUGAUAUGUUGAUGGAUGAUAAGAAAGCACUAGAACUUGAUUGGGUUAAAAGGGUUGAGAUUGUUACAGGUGUUGCAAGUGCUCUCUCUUAUAUGCAUCAUGAUUGUUCACCACUUUUGAUUCAUAGGGACAUUUCAAGCAAGAAUAUUUUGUUAUCUUCAAAUCUUGAAGCUCAUGUAUCAGAUUUUGGUACUGCAAGGUUUCUUAAGCCAAACUCACCUAUUUGGACUUCAUUUGCUGGCACAUAUGGUUAUGCUGCUCCAGAGCUUGCUUACACAAUGGCGGUGACAGAGAAAUGCGAUGUAUUCAGCUUUGGUGUUUUAGCAUUUGAGAUUCUAACUGGAAAACACCCUGGUGAUCUUGUAUCUUACAUACAAACUUCUAAUGAUCAAAAGAUAGAUUUCAAAGAGAUUUUAGAUCCUCGUCUACCUUCUCCUCCAAAGAAUGUUUUGAAGGAGUUGGUAUUGGUGGGAAACUUGGCUCUUUCUUGUUUACACACAAAUCCUCAAUCUAGACCUACCAUGAGAAGCAUAGCACAAUUCCUAGAAAUGGAGACUACAUAUAAUUCUUGAUUGAUGUUCUUUACUUGUUUUUGGUCUAUUUGGUUUGUAUAUAGACACUUGUUGUGUAUAUCAUAUUGAUUGUUUUUCCCUUUGUCAAAAGGAACCAUGUAUAAUGAAAUGAUUAAAACUUUAGAAUAUGUAAAGGCAUAUAAUAUGAACAAAUUUUCUUGUGUUUUUUGAUUCAUUUUUGAUUCAUUUUUUAACUUUAAGACUUAUUUGUGAGUUUGAAGGAGAUGGGAAGGGAAGACUUCCAAAAAUAAAUUUUUAAAAAAAUAUAGAAAAAUAUUUAACAUGUUUUUAGAAAAUAAUUUGUAUAAAAUGAUAAAAGAGUGUGUAUCAUAACUAUAUUUUUAAUUUUUAUAAUACUAUAACAACAUAAAAGAUAUUUAGAAAAUUUAUGUAAGUCCUCCAAUAAAUAUAAUCCGAACUCAACACAUAGUUUAAGCAUUUGCAUUUAAUUAGUAUUUGAGUUUCAUUUGGUUAGCAUUUACAUUUUGGUGUGAGUAUAUGAACCCAUUGAUAGUUGCCUUUGUAACACACAUCACAUUUUUCAAUUUGCGAUAGAAAGUUAAUUACAUUCUCUCUCUUUCUUUAUCUUUUCAUCUUCAUCUUCAACCUUGUGCGCCAACAAUUGAUAUCUAGAGCUCUGGUUAGAUUCACAGAGAGAGCCGUGUGUACGUGAGACGUGUGUGAUUGCUUUCAUUUCUUGAAUUCACGUUGAAUUUACAAUUUACAAUUCAUUUCUUGAUUCUGCGGGAUUGGAAAACACGGGUGUUGGUGAGAUCUGAGUGAAUUUGCACAAGAAGAAGAUGAACAGCCAAAAAGGUAGCUUGAACACAAAGCUUCCAGUAUUUGAUGGAAAGAACUGGAACCGGUGGAUGAUUCAGAUGCGUGUGUUGUUUGGCGCUUAAGAUAUUCUUGAUCUCGUCAAUGACGGUUACAAGCCGGUUGCAACGGAUGUAGCAGAAGCGCAUAUAAACGUGUAAAGAGAAUUGAGGAAGAAGGAUUAGAAGGUGUUGUUCUAUAUCCACCAGUGUGUGGAUACGAUUGUGUUUGAGAACAUCACUCAUUUAACGAUGGCGAAGAUUACGUGGGAUACACUGGUACGGUGCUACGACCAUGACACAUUUGUGAAGAAGGUGAAGCUUCAAAGUCUAUGUAAGCAAUAUGAGAAUUUCAACAUGAAGAACAAUGAGAAUGUGCCAGAUUACAUCUCCAAAGUGAUUGUGGUCCCAAAUGAGAUAAAGGCCUGUGAAUAAACGCUCUAUGAACUAGUUAUUAUUGAUAAGGUAUUCAGAUCCCUUACACCUCGGUUUGAUUACAUUCUUGUAGCAAUUGAACAUUCUAAGAAUUUGAGCACCAUGAGAAUUGAAGAGCUGUAGAGUAGUCUAAAGGCACAAGAGUUGCGUCUGACUGAAGAGCAAACAUAGCCAGAUGAUAUUCUGAUGAUGAACCUGUGCUAUUGAUGGCUUUUGAAUCUAAUGGUUGAUAUUUGGUAGACUAGUGGUAUAUGGACACUGGCUGCUCAAAUCAUCUAACUGGAAACAAACAAUGACUAAUUGAUUUUGACUCUAGAAAGAGGACAAAGAUCAGAUGUGUUGAUGAUAAGUACCCUAAUGCUAAAGGAACGUGAAAUGUCAAAGUUAGAGUGUGUAACGCCCGGAAAAAUAAGUAUAUACUUGAUUUGGACGUUUGUGACGUUUAUUGGAAUUGUACCGUUUUUGGAGUUGUUUCAGUCGGUAUUAGUUCAGGAUGGCGGACUAAUAUUUAAUUGAAGGUUUUCAUAUUUUUGGUACUGGAAAUAUCAUUAAGGUAAUAUUCCGCGUUUUGGGGCGUUUGAACGAUAUUUGAGCGUAGGGGCAUUUUGGUCAUUUCCGCGAGGAAGAUAUUUUCUUUAUAAAGAAAACAGAGAAAGAAAGGAAAGAAAGAAAGGAAGAGAGAAAGAAGAAGAGGAAAAGAAGGAAAAAGUGUAGAUUGGUGGAUUCUCGACCGAUUCGAGUUCCGAUCGUUGCUAUAGCAAGGUAAGGGGGUGAAUCUAAUUUAUCUUGGAUGUAUGAUUCUUAUAGUCUUGUUCUUGUUCUUGUUCUUGUUUAUUUCUAUGCUUGACCAACAAUGGUGGAUUGUGAGUUUUGUGAGUUUAGAAGUUAUAAACAUGAUUUUGUGGUGUGUAUGUGUAGUAUGAUGAUAGAUACCUUCAUUGAUCAUGCUUUCUUUUCCAUUUCUAUGGCUUGAUUGAGUUUGGGUAAAAAGUUAGGUUUUGAGUUAGAUUGAUGAAUUAACCGUGAAAAGUUUGAUGUUAGGUUGUUUCUAUGGUUUGUAUGUGUUGUAUUGGUGUUGUAAUGAUGUUUUGGAGUGGUUUUGGUGGGUAUAAGGGGGCUGGAAUGGUUCUGGUGCGUUCUGGUUUUUUCUGGGUUUACGCAGGUCCGCUAAGCGGAGGUGGGUCCGCUGAGCGGAGGUCUUGUUGCAGAAAAUUCUCUGCGAAGGUCCGCUGAGCGGAGCUGAAGCGGAUGGCAGCUUUUUCUGUUUUUCCAAAACUUUGGAACUUCGUAACUCUUGAACCGUAACUCCGAUUUUGUCGCCGUUUGAAGCGUUGGAAAGCUAACGCAAUGAACUAUAUUAUUAUCUAAUUAAAUGAUUCAUAGGAUGAAGUAUUCCAUUAUUUUUAUUAGGAUCAAGUGAUGAGUUGUGUAGAAUGUUCAAUUAUCCAAACUUUGAAACCUUGUAACUUUUGAUCCUUAGCUCCGUUUCGUACGCCGUUCGAAGUGUUAGGAAGCUAGUUGGAUGUUCUAUUGAUAGUAUAGGCUUGGUUAGAUUGUCAUUAGUUAGUUAUGAGGGUUGUUGAUGAAAACACAUAAUUGUUUAUAUGCGCGAUAUGAUUGGUAAAUAAUCAUAGUGCUUGGUUGUAAUUGUUAAUGAUGUAGGAUGUAGUAGUGGUUGGUUGAUUUGCAUAAAUGGUUUUGUGAACUAGUGCAUGAUAAAUAAUAAUGAUGUGUUGUGCGAAUGUUAUCGUAAUGGUACGAGAUAUGUGAUUAGUUGUCGAUAACAUGAGAUCAUGUUCAUAUGUGUUAUGUAUUAAUGAAUGUUCAUUCUUGAUAUGUGACGAUGUUUGGUUGUUUGUUAUUAACAUGAUGUGUGGCCUUAUGGCAAGUAAUUAUUGUUAUGAGAAUGAUGUAAUAUCAUUGUUGAAUUGUUGUUAUUACAACUUGUGGAUGAUGUAUUGAUGAAGUUGUGGGCCGAUGGCCAAUAAUAAUUUGAUGUGUAUAAGUGUGUUAUACGUUCAUCUAUGCCGAUGUGGCCAGUAUGUUUGAACGGUGAAUGUGUGCUGUGUGCUUAUUAAUGCCUGUGUGGUAAUUAUGGUGUGAUGUGAUUGAUAACGAUGUUAUUAAUUGGUGAUGUAUCCUUUUGGAUAGAAUAUAAAUGGUGUAACGUGGGUAUGUGACCGUGUUAUAUUGUUGAUGAUGUUGUUGUCGUGUAAUAGAGUCAUAUAUUUGCACAGCAUAACAUUUCAUUACGUUAAUGGCGGAAUGCUAUUAGCAGGUGGCCUGAAUUGGCAAUUAUUACCAGUGGGGGCUUAAUGCUCGGUAAAAAGGUGUAUUUGCCCGAGUGGCAAGAGGUCAUCAGUGGGGGCUAAAUGCUCGAUGACGUUUAGUCGUAGCUUGAUGCUCGACAAAGGUGUAUUUUCCUGAGGGAAAGAAGUCCCAGCAUAAUGCUCGGCAAAGGUGUAUUUGUCAUAAUGACAAGGGGAGUUUUACUCCGGAUUUGGUACCACAUGCAUAUGCAUAGUCGAGUCUCAUUCAUCAUUGUCUGUCUGUAUAAUUUAUGUUAUCAUUCAUGUGUCACAUUACUUAUAUAU